CCCUUUGGACUAACCAAUGCGCCUGCCACGUUCCAGCGUUGUAUGAACGAUUUGUUUAGGUUGUGGUUAGACAGAUAUAUUAGUAUUCAGUAAGACCCUCCAAGAGCAUCAGGGUCAUUUGAGGCGGGUCUUGGAGAAGUUGAGAGAGGCUAACUUCAAGAUCAAUGCGAAGAAGUGCGAGUGGGCCAAGACACAUGUCUUGUACUUGGGCCACGUCCUUGACGGAGAUGGCAUUCAAGCUUGAGGACAGCAAGAUAGCAGCAAUUAGAGAUUGGCCGACGCCCCGCACGUUGACUGAGUUGCGGUCGUUCCUAGGCCUAGCUAACUACUAUAGGAAGUUCGUGAGGAACUUCUCGACUAUCGCCGCUCCCCUUCGCAGGUUGCUCAAGAAAGAGGCAAUCUGGCAGUGGGAUAAAGACUGUACGUCUGCGCUAAAGAAAUUAAAGUGCGCGUUAAUAGAGUAUCCUGUCCUCAAAGUAGCAGAUCCGUCUUUGCCAUUUGUCGUCACCACGGACGCGAGUCAGUAUGGUAUAGGUGCCGUAUUACAGCAAGACGACGACAAUGGCUACAGACCCGUAGAGUUCAUGUCAGAGAGAAUGCCCUCAAAAAAAGGUAGCUACCUCGACGUACGAGAGAGAACUCUACGCUCUCAGGCAGGCCUUAGAGCACUGGAAGCAUUACCUGCUUGGGAGGCACUUCAAGGUGUAUUCAGACCACGAGACUCUUAUUGGUUGAAGACACAGGCCAAUAUGACACCUAAGUUGACUAGGUGGGCCGCUGAGAUAGACCAGUACGACUUCGAGCUCAAGCUUGUUAAGGGCAAGUACAAUGUAGUUGCGGAUGCUCUAAGUAGGAGAUCAGACUACUUUGGAGCCAUAGUUCACUAUCUGGAUAUAGGGAGUGACCUGCAGGAGAGAGUAAGACAGGUGUAUGCGCAUGAUCCUAUUUAUAGUGACCUCCUCAAGAGAGUUAAGGAGGCCCCAGAGACCGAACCACAUUACCGCAUUACGGAAGGAUUACUGUUCAAUAAGACCGAUGUAGUAGACCGUCUGUGCGUUCCUAACAGCGAGGAGAUCCGUAGUUUGAUCCUAGGGGAAUGCCACGACACACAGGGACAUUUCGGUUGGCAAGAGACUCUAGCCAAUCUGAUGCAUGCGUACAUUUGGCCAGGAAUGAAAGUUGACUGCAUAGAGUACGGAUGUGCUGAAGACGAAGCUGGGGCAAUGGCGUCGCAGCAGGAGGAUAUCCACAGCCUCGACGAUGCAUUAGCUCAAGUCAGCAGCUGCCUCCAGCAGCUGGAGCAACGACCCGUCGCCGCCCCCGAUGCCAGCUCCUCCAACACCUCCGAUCGCCUUGAGGCAUUGGAGAUUGACGUCGGAUCCCUCAAGGACGGCGUGCUGUUACAGCAAACCGCAACACAACAGUUGGAGCAGCGGAUCUGUACUGCCGCCACCCACUCGAGCUUGGAACCACGCGAGACAACUCCAAAGUUUGAUGGGCAGGAGAUCUUCUGCGACUUGACGAAGACGGACCUGAUUCCAUGGUUCCGCAAGUUCGAGCUCAAGUUGAAGCUCCACCACGUCAGCGAACACAAGCAUCACGCGUACUUAUACUCCCGGUCGGGAGGCGCGUGCCAAGCAUGGUUGGACAAUCUCUUGUCCAAGGACGGAGUGGUGGCUGCCGACUUGCACACCAAGAUCAGUUGGGAUGAUCUAAAGGUGGCGUGGCAUAAGCGGUUCCAAGUAGAGCCACCGGAGAUCAAGGCAAUGGACAAGCUGAUGACCUUCGAACAAGGCACGCUGUCGAGUGUUGACUGGAUUGCCAAGUGCCAACGCUUGACAUCCGUCCCUGACAUUCAAAUGGGCUUCAAGGCCGUCAAACACUACAUCUCGAGGUCGUGUCCGACAUUGGGCAAUGCCUUGACUCACGUCGAGGACACCUUGACGACAACGGCGGAGCUCUUCGACAAGGCCGCACAGAUCAUUGUCACGAACAAGGAGGCCAAGAACCUCCACCGUUCGUCUGCGACAAGCCUGAGCAGAGAUCAGCAUCGACCGAAAGUGGCCGUGGUCGCGGCGGCAACGCCAACCGACCAAUUUAGCGAGGCCGUGUCUGCCAAUGACGCCGCGACCAAUUUAGCGAGGCCGUGUCUGCCAAUGAAGGGGACAGACUCGCAGCCGCCCGGGAUGGUGGCCGCCCCGGCAAAGGCCGAGGACGCGGCAAGACGAAGACAAACACCGCAUCUAGCCCCGGGCCCGGCGCAGCAGCUCCAGCCCCAUGGUCCCACUAUGGUCUCUCCGAACUGGUGUACAAGGCGCGCACGAGAUUUCGCUCUUGUCUAUGGUGUAACAACGAUCUCCACGACACAGUGGGCUGCCCAUCGAGAGGCAAAGGCAAAUCGGGAAACUGAGCACCGCCGGAAGUGACUCCACGACACUCUCGACGCCUUCGGAACCAGUCGCUUCGUGGGUGACUCCACGACACUCACGACCGG